AUGCCUCGGGCCAGCACUACCCCGGGAGCACGACUCCGAUGCCGACGAGCCUGCGACAGCUGUAAACGGCGAAAACAGAAAUGCAACGGUGAACAGCCCUGUACAAUCUGUGUGCAGAGACACAAGGAGUCGGAAUGCCAUUUCUCGGAUCGGCCCGCGCGCCUACUCAAGCCAGACGUCAAGGACUCGACAAUGUUGCUCAGUGAACGCAUGGUAGCAUCUCCGCAGCGGGAAACGGCAAUGGACCGCCUUUUGAACUCUCUCGAGGACCAAGGAAUGAAUAUGGAACACCACGAAAAGGAUGAGAAGGAAGGUACGGCUCCUGUGCCGAAAGUGGCGCGGCUUCUGCGCGACGGUCAGGGAAAGUUUAUGUAUAUUGGCGAUUCGGCGAGUUUGUCGUUUUUACAGAGUCUGCGCCGCGUUGUUAGGUCUUCCAUUGGCCGAUGUGAGUUUACCGAGGACAACUCACGACACUCAAUGCUCGAGGCCUUUCAGAACAACCCAAGUGCUCAGCCCGGGGCUCUAGCUACGCCACCAAGCAACGACGAAGCCCAACGACUAGCACGGCAGUUUGUGCUUGCAACAAGCCCGCUUCUUGACUUAUUUGAUCUGGAAGAGUUCCACCCACGGCUAGCUAAUUGGGUUGCAAACCCAUCGGGUGACGAAGAUACCGUUAGCUCUAUCUUCUAUCUUGUCCUUGCUAUUGGGACUCAGGUUUCGGAUAUUGAUCAGGCAGUAGCUGAACAAUAUUUUGGCAGCGGUCGCCAAUUGGCGUUCUCGGCCUUUCAGGAGACCCCAAGCAUAUCCACCAUUCAAUCAUACAUUUUGGUUUCCAUGUAUAUGCUCGGCGCAUGCAGGCGCAAUGGUGCAUUUAUGAAUCUGGGGAUUGCUCUACGUGCUGCCUAUGCGGUAGGAAUCCACCGCAAGGAUGCAAAUGCGCUCUUUUGCGGGCGUGAGCGCCGAGCGAGAGAGCGGGUUUGGAAGAGUCUUCGGAUGAUGGAUCUAUUUCUCAGCGCCUCUCUGGGACGCCCUCCCGCAACUUCAGACUACGACUAUGACAUACGUGAAGAUACUAUUAUAUCAGGGGAAUCACAACACCAUUUGACCGCAGAUCAACAGCUUUCUGCUGCGGUGAUUUCGCUUUGCCGAAUAUUCGAACGAAUCUUGACCGAUGUGUACAUGAAGCAAGUCAUAUCGAUCAAUGCUGCAGAGACGAUCUCGAACCAGCAUCGGGCUUGGGUUCGUACUCUUCCAACUAUCCUCAAAUUGCAGUCUGAGCGGCUCGAAAACAAAUCCAUGGAAAACAGCCUAGCCGCAGCUCAUGUAUUCGGGUCAUAUUACUGGUCGAUUAUCCUGUUGACGCGGCCAUUCCUCAUAUACUGUGUUGCCCAGUACGUCAAGGGCAAACCUGAUUCAUCGACCGACGAUCGAAACAGUAGCUCCCGGAUAUCCUUGUUUGCCGAUGCAUGUGUCUAUUCCGCACUCCGAGGUCUAGACGUGGUCGAUGAUCUCAGCCACUAUACCUCCCUUCCACGUCGACUACCCUUCUUGAUCAACUCCGUUUUUAACUCUGUCAUUGUUCUCGGCGCUGCAUUCUUCGCCGACUAUGAUAAUCUCCUCCCCUUGGAAGAAGGAAUCAACAAAGCCGAACGGUUCCUAGGGCUAUUUGUCCCGCACGAUCCACACGCAUGCCGUUUCUUUCAGAUUAUCAAAUACCUCCGUGCUGCUGUAACCGAAUAUGUUUCCCGGCGCAAUCGACAAUGGAUGAAUAGGCGCAGCAAACAGGUUGAUCAGCUCUUCGGCCAAGUAGGUGGUGAUGAGGAUCGCAACUCCCCAGGAGCUCCACCUUUCACUGGUCCAAGUGAUAUUCACUCAUCUGCAUCUGCAACUGCGGUAUCCCCUACCUCCCCCGACAAAAUUCCCGGUAGAACUCCAUCCUCCUACAUCCCCUCCCAACCACCCCCUCAACCCCAACUUUCAACAGACAACGAUGUUUGGGAAGCCCUGUGCGAUGGCUCAGACCCCACUGCAGGUUUGUCCUACGAUGCAGCAAUUUCUGCGUUAACCACCUCGGGAAUCCCGGUGGGGUGUUCUCCUGGCGGGACUAUUCCUUCCGGCCCCCCGGUGUCCGGCCCAUCUCCGCUUUCUGACGUGAUGUUCCCGGAUAAUGGUCUGCUGUAUAUGGCUGAGGAUCUUCCAGUCUUUGGCAUCUGGGGUGAUGAGCCGUGA